UCCACAGCCGAGCCAACCUGUCCUACUUGGCAUCAGCUGGUAGCAGCCAGCAUUUAACUCUCAGACGGAGACGCGAGCGGCAGGAGUUUUCUCUUCGAGUAUCUUCUUUGUUCUACAUUUACAGCUCGUACUGAUCAGUCAAAAAUGUCGGCGACAGUUCUCAAGACAGUCAAGUGCGGAAAGACCAUCACUACCGCUGUUUUCCGACAGAAGCACACCUUGACCGCUGUGUGUCUUUUACCUUCAGGUGAAAGUCGUAUUGGGGCUGAGGCAGUUGGAACACAGCAACAGCAGCGCCAUCAGCAAAUGCAUCAGGUGGUAGCACAGUCGGGCACAGCUCCUCUACCACCCCCAUCUAUCUUUAUGCCACCAAAUGUUAAAGAACUUGAGGCUUCAGAGAAAGCGCAGUUCUCUCCAAGGCGCACCAGAGACACAACAAGUGCUCGUCUUGCUACCCUUGGAAGUCUUUACAGCUCAGGGAUGAUGAGGAGUGAAGGUGUCAGAGACAGUAGUUACAACUUUGAUUCAGUCCCUAUAGAUUGUCACAUUGGAGUUUAUGAUGGCAGCAAUACAGUUUCACUUGAUUCAUCUAUUCAAACCAAUGUACCCAAGCCAUUUGGAUUGAGUGCACAGGCGCCAUCACAUUUUCAUACCCCAGAUUGUCAUGGAGAACAGGAUGACAAAUAUGUUGCAGGUGACCUUCAGGAUCACCACCAGUCUACUCACUUCUCAUCAAAGAAGACUUCAGGUACUGCCUUGUGUAAUUUUGGCAGUUCAGGAGCUAAAUGGGGCAUGCGGGGUGUUAAAGUUUUACCAAGUGUGGUGGGACAUACAAUUAGACAUUAUGGUUCAUUGUGUUACAGUGGUAGACUAGUAGUAGCAGGGAUGCCUCCAACACUAAACUAUCCUAACCUUGUUCGUUAUUGGCCUUUUAACUCCAUCUCAAGCAGUGGAUGUGUGUGUGGUAGAGAAGUUGUGAAACAAGAGAGGCACAUACAUAAUUGCAUGACUGAUAGAGUUCAAGAGAAAAAAGAUGGUGAAGGUGUGGAUUCUGAAACUCCCCAUGUACAAUUAACAGCAAGACAAAAAUUACAGCGUGCUGUUAAAGAAUAUGGAUCAACUGUCAUAGUGUUUCAUGUUGCAAUAUCUCUAACAUCAUUAGGGAUUUGUUAUCUUUUGGUUUCUAGUGGUGUAGACAUGACUGGAUUAAUUAAGGCUUUGGGUAUUAACCUGGGAACUGUUAGUGAUGCUGUGGUUGAUAGUGGCAUUGAUAGUACAGCACCAGAUGCAACGGGGCCUACUCAAGCAGAAGGGGAGUCAGAUGCAAAUACCAGAAGAGCUGCAGGAGCAGCUACAUUCGUUGUAGCUUAUGCUGUUCAUAAGGUUUUUGCUCCAGCUCGUAUAGGCAUCACAUUAACAGCAACUCCAUUCAUUGUUAGGUAUCUGCGGAGAAUAGGCUUUUUGAAGCCACCAAAGCCAAAAACAGUUUAAUAUUUGUGAGUACAGGUAAUUUGUUAUGGUUGGUUAUAUAUAUAUAUACUAUAUAUAAUAUUUAAUGGCAUGUAGCCUAUAUAUAAUGAGAAGGCUACCUCAGAUAAAGAUAUAAAAGAUGUUUUAUAUUUUAGGAAUCUUACCAUCAUAGCAAAGGGCAAACAUUAAUGUUGAUCAGUUGUAGGAGUAGAAUUUUGUAAUUACUCUGCUAUAAAAGUAACUAUUCUAUCAUGGUAUACUUCCUGUUAGUUUCUUUUUUUUUUUAUUACAAAGUUGAGCAUGUCAAAUGCCCUUAUAGUAGGCACAUACUUGCCAGUCUGUGGUUUUUUAGGCAUUGUGUUAUGAAAUGUUGCUUUAUCUGAAGCACGUGAUUGUCUUAUCUUUUCGUAUAGAUGGUCAUCAGUGUGUGAAUGCAGCUGAGGAAGUUUAAAAUAAAACUUAGAGAACCUGUCAAAUUCUACAAACUAAAUUAUGGCAAGUAGGCUUUCUGACAUAAAAUGCUGUCGGUUACACACCAUGUGAGCCUUUUUUGCUCAUCUGUCAUUUUGAUGCUCAACUUCCCAUAAAAACAUUGUUUAAAUGCAGUGUACCUCGACUAUGUAGGUAAAGCUUGCCCCUUUUCUUCAUUUUUUCAAUUUGAAGUCUAUGUAGUCUUGGUUCCUAGUAGAUGAUUUACACACUUCUCUGGAUACUGAUCACUUAGUUUUGUCAUGUAAAUAGCUCAGUAUCGGUGCAUUGCACAAUGUAUGUUACUUGGAGAUGGCUUAAAUUAUGAUUUUUUAUUGUAUGAUUCCAAAGUUUCCCCUAUGGGGAAAAUUAGUUUUUUGAUGAAAAAUUGUAUAACUCAUCGUUAGACAGCAAAGUAUUUAGUAUUUUUUUAUGUACACAUAUUCAUAAAGGGAUGUAUACUUAGAACCUACAUUUUGGUGUUGAGAUUGUAUUUUAUUUUAAGGUGUAUCGAGGUUACAGGUAAUUGUAGUUACAGUAAUUGGCUUACUAUGUUUUUCAGUCUUGAAGUUUUUAAUUCUUUAUUUUGAAUUGCCUGGGAAAUGGCUUGUAUUGCUUAAUGUUUUCAUACAAGUGAAUCUUUAGAGGAUAUGAUCAAUCAUUUUAAAAAUGUUAAGUCAUGAAUGCAUAUUCAAGUGAAUAAGUUUCUAGGAUAACUUACUUAAUUUUUCCUAAUUAAAAUCCAAUGCAAUACCAGGUGGUAGCAUAGGUUAACCAUUUGAUAGAGAAUGUGGUUGUGAUUUAAAUUUUGAGGAAUUUUUUUUUUUUAAUCAUGAUUUAUUAGUCAUUUCUUAUACUUAGUAUCUCGUACCUGAAUAUGUUUGUUAUAGUAGUCUUAAAUAGUUUGACAGGACGGUGCACAAAUCAUUUCAUAUCAGUGGGGAGUUUCUUGGAAGUGGUAGAUUGAAAUUGCAUGACCAGUGGAAGCAAUUUUUCCCAUCUUUUCUUUUUCCACAGUGCAAUUAACGUCUAUAAGAAUGUACCUAACACACCAAAAAUUCUAUUGGAAAAUUGUUAGUACAUUUAUAUGUGCAAAUGUAAUGCUUAUCAGGCAUAGACAUUUAUCUCAAAACUCUUGAAGAUUCGAAUGAAUGAUGCAUCCCCCAAAUUUUUACAAUUAUGGUUUAAUUGGUAAGUGCACUGCAGAUUCAUUUAAUGGAUGGCAAGAAUUGUUAUGGUGGUAAGUCUUUUGGGUCCACAUUCAUUAUUUUCGUAGGAGGUUUUUUUUUUCUCUUCUUUUCUUUGCAUAUACUGUAGCUGGAAAUAGUUAUUUUUUUUAUCUGUGCUUUUCAAUAAUGUCUGUGUACAAAAAAAAAUUACUUCUGGUGUAUAUUUCAUAAAUCUCAUACAUUUGUUAUUGUACACAGCAACUUAAAAAUUCUGCUAUCAUAGGGUUCUGCUGUUGUCCCUUUAUAAGCAAUAAAUUGAAAUGUCGGC